GUACAUUUCUUUGUCGCACUGACUAGAAAGUCCAUCCCCAUCGCUGGAAGCUAGUCUCACAGCUUCCAUGUUUGAGCGCAGUGCUGCGGCGCGGAGGUGCCAUGAAGCGUUUGCGCAAGUCACAGGACGGACCAGCUGCAGCACCAGCUGGCGAGGUGAAAGAAGAAGAAGAAGAUGAUGAAGACGAUGAGAUUGAAGAGGUGAGCAUGCAAGUGGUCCUGGCAGACCAGGUCGAGUGCAAGGAAGAGAAGGUGAAGGUGAAGCGAAAGCGAGCCAAGGCCAAGGCAGCUCCUAGAGGCAAACUGCGCAAGCCAAAGUUGCCGCAGUUUGCCUUUGAAAAGUUCCGAGAGGAGGUCAAGGAGAACGACGAGGAGGAGGAGCCCUCGCUGCCCGAACUGGUGACACGCUGGAAGGCUAUGUCAGACGAGGAGCGGGGCCGUUUCAUCCAACUGGCCGAAGAGGAUCGGCGCCGAUUCGAGCGUGAGUACGAGGAAUGGCGAGAAGAGCGAGCCCAGCUGGGCAAGCCUGAGCCUGCCUUGCAGGCACUCUUAGAGAAGCGCCGCAGCACGUUGGAGCGGAAGCUGAACCGAUCGGAGGAGCCUCCAAAAAAGCUCGUAUCAAAGAAGAGGGCGCCGAAGAACUUCCCAAAGCGGCCGGUGAACUCUGCGUACAGCCUUUUCUGCUCCGAGCAGCCGAAAAUGUCCGCUUUGCCAGAAGAGGAGGCACCAGAGCCCGUGCCCAGUGAAGAAGGCGUUGCUGAAGAUGCGCAGAAGGCGAAACAGCGGCGCAGCGCUGGCCGACUAGUCGCCUUGCAGAAGGCUUGGUCCGCGCUGAGCGACGAGGAGAAGCGGGGCUACGCAGUACGUGCUGCUGAGGACCAAGAGCGCUUUCGCCGGGAGCUAGAGGCUUGGCGAAAAGAUCCAGCCAAUGAGGAGCUGGUGAAUCUUGAAUUUGUCGAGAAGGCCAGCAAGUUUGGUCGGAAAGCCAGUGCGAAACAGCAGAAGCUCCCGCGACCACGGGUGAAGAGGCUGCUGAGGGCUGCUGAGGGCUGCUGGGAAGCGUCUGAGCUGGUGGUGCGGCCAGCUCGUGACGAGGAGAUCUUUUUUGAUAUCCUCACGGGAACCCAGGCCUUUGCCGCUAAGGAGCGCGCCGCCCAUGCAAGGGAGACGGCUGAGAAGCGCCACGUGGAUGAAACUGGAGAGGAUGCUUUGCCAGAUUCAGGCCCAGCCUUUGCCAUGGAGAAUGCAGAGCAGGAUGAUGCUGUCGAUGAUCUCUUGGGGGAUCUGCUGGCCGUUGAAGAGACUUUCGAGGUGGGCCCUGCCUCAGCAUUUGGCAGCUCUGUGCCACAGGCAGCAGGCCUCGGGCCACAACUUUGCUUGGAUGAGUCUGGCAACAUCGUGUUGAACCAGUCCAGCCUUUCGCAGAAUGUCAACGCGCAAGGACCUUUCGAGGAGGCCUCUGCCACAGUGCAAGAGGCUGUAAGUCAGUACGCAGGUGCUUUCAAGAAAACGCCCAGCUGCAAGUGGACCUCGAGUGAGACCGAGCUCUUCUACGAGGCACUCUCCUUGUAUGGCACAGACCUCUUUCUAGUGCAGACCUUCUUCCGGAACAAGAGUGCUGGCCAGAUCAAGACGAAAUACCAGAAGGAGAUGAAGAGGAAUCCACAUUUAGUGGAGGAGGCCUUGACGGUGAACGCCAAGCGCCUCACAAAGGAGACCUUUGAGCGCCUGCAUGGGAAGAUUGACACCUCGAAGCACUACAAGCCGCCGCCAUCUCCACAACCAGGUGACGAGCCUGAACCAGAUCCUGCCAUGCCGGAGGAGGAGGAUGACAUGGCCGACUUGGGCGGAAUGCCACCCCCAGAGCCAGAGUAUUGUGCAGAGGACGAGAGCUUAACCACCAAUCGCUUGAUGGCGCUGUUCGACUGACACCUUGGUCGAGACGUGCCAGCGCAAAUGAGGGCCGUCUCAGGUGCAAACGUGUCAUGCCGUCAUAGAUCCUGUCCACUGUACAGUCUGGACAACGUCGUCCGAGAGACGUCGAAAAAGGCGGGCGAGAAAAACCGCACAGAGAGAAGAGACUUCUGAAAAAGAAGGUGUGGAGAGGGUCCACAGGAUAACGACCAGAGAGUGUUUAACUAUCCAGUUAGGGGUCUCUUGACGAGGCCUUUCCGUGCACUUUUUUGAAUGAGGCCCAAUGUGCAACUCACAUUGGAGAUGAUGCCUGUGCAGGGACAAGAUUCUUCGUGAAUGGCAAACAACCUUGUAAUAGGAGCCGCAAGGCUAACUUACAGUCCUUCAGCAAAGGUCUAAACUUCUAAAAACCAAGUCGUUUUCCUAAGAAUCUAGGAACCAGUUGAUUAGUGCGGCCAGUAGCUAGUAGCGUCCAGUACCUAGUGGAGCUAAUUAGUAGCCUAUACCUCUUUGUGUAGCGGCCUCCCCCCUGCAAACAAGC